UUGUCACUGAUGUUGCAGUUGGUGUGAAGAGAGGAUCUGACGAACUUCUUUCAGGCAGUGUACUCAAUAGCCCGAACUCUAACAUGAGCAGCAUGGUAGUUACUGCAAAUGGUAAUGACACCAAGAAAUUCAAAGGGGACGUUAAAAUGGAUGGGGCUCCUUCUCGUGUUCUUCAUAUCAGGAAACUGCCUGGGGAAGUGACAGAAACAGAAGUUAUUGCUUUAGGUUUACCUUUUGGUAAGGUGACCAACAUCCUGAUGCUGAAAGGGAAAAAUCAGGCAUUUUUGGAACUUGCCACAGAAGAAGCAGCUAUCACUAUGGUGAAUUACUACUCUGCUGUGAUGCCUCAUCUUCGGAACCAACUUAUCUAUAUCCAGUAUUCCAAUCAUAAAGAACUGAAGACUGAUAACACACUUAACCAGCGGGCCCAAGCUGUUCUUCAGGCAGUGACAGCUGUGCAGGCAACAAAUGCUCCCAUUAGCGGGACCACUGUGAGUGAGAGUGCAGUGACUCCAGCUCAGAGUCCAGUACUUAGAAUAAUCAUUGACAAUAUGUACUAUCCAGUAACCCUGGAUGUUCUUCAUCAGAUAUUCUCUAAAUUUGGUGCUGUAUUGAAGAUAAUCACAUUCACAAAGAAUAACCAGUUUCAAGCUUUGCUGCAGUAUGGUGAUCCAGUAAAUGCACAGCAAGCAAAACUAGCCUUAGAUGGUCAAAACAUUUAUAAUGCUUGCUGUACCCUACGGAUUGAUUUUUCCAAACUGGUGAAUUUGAAUGUCAAGUACAACAACGAUAAAAGCAGGGACUACACUCGCCCUGAUCUUCCAUCUGGUGAUGGACAGCCAGCACUGGACCCAGCCAUUGCUGCAGCAUUUGCAAAGGAGACCUCUCUUCUAGCUGUUCCAGGAGCUCUGAGUCCUUUGGCUAUUCCCAAUGCUGCUGCCGCAGCUGCAGCCGCUGCUGCCGGCCGGGUGGGAAUGCCUGGAGUUUCUGCUGGUGGCAAUACAGUUCUCCUGGUUAGCAAUUUAAAUGAAGAGAUGGUUACGCCCCAAAGUCUGUUUACCCUCUUCGGUGUUUAUGGUGACGUGCAGCGUGUGAAGAUUUUAUACAAUAAGAAAGACAGUGCUCUUAUACAGAUGGCUGAUGGAAACCAGUCACAGCUGGCCAUGAGCCAUCUUAAUGGACAAAAAAUGUAUGGCAAGAUAAUUCGGGUUACCCUUUCUAAACAUCAGACAGUACAACUACCUCGAGAGGGACUUGAUGACCAAGGGCUGACAAAGGAUUUUGGUAAUUCACCUCUGCAUCGCUUCAAGAAACCUGGUUCAAAAAACUUCCAGAAUAUAUUCCCUCCUUCUGCAACACUUCAUCUGUCCAAUAUUCCACCAUCGGUAGCAGAGGAGGAUCUACGCACAUUGUUUGCUAACACUGGAGGCACUGUGAAAGCAUUUAAAUUCUUUCAAAGAGAUCACAAGAUGGCACUUCUUCAGAUGUCAACAGUAGAAGAAGCUAUUCAAGCUUUGAUUGAUCUUCACAAUUACAAUCUGGGAGAGAAUCACCAUCUGAGAGUUUCUUUCUCGAAGUCAACCAUCUAAAAAGGCAAAUUGGAAAAGGAGGUGUAUUGCAUUGUUUGGUGUUGUCACCUAUUGACUGUUCAGGAAAGUGGGGACCAGAGUUUGUCUUCUCUUGUUUUUAGGGUUUUUUUUAUUAUUUUCUUCUCAUGCUGUUAUCAUUCCUUGAUUGUUUUAAAAACUUAAACCCUUCAAAGCAGUGAUACUAACUGCUGGUGUUCAGCUGUUGUUGAUAAACCAUCCUUUUGUUGAAAAGAUUUCAAGUUAAUACCACAGGUUUUCAACUUAGUUGACGUACGUGCCUUAAAAAAGGAGAACUAGUACUGCUGGAAUUGCAUAACUAGUGAAAAAGCAAAUUUGGUUGUCUGGGGCACAUUGUUACAUGAUGAUUUCAAUAUGUUUUGGCAGGGGUGUGUAAAAAGGUUAAGCUUUUGUUUCUCCUGCUUGAUAGAUUUCUUUUACCUGCUGGCUUGUCACUUAGUUUUCUUUUUAAUUGGAUAAGAUGCAUUACGCCGGAAGAGUAAAAGGACGUUACUUGAUUUGCUACUGUUUUGCUUUGUGCUCAUUUGCUUGGAAAAGGCCUUUAGUAUUUCAUCGUUCUGGUCUAGAUUCAGUUCUGAAUGUAGGCAUUAGUUAAAAUUAACAAGGUACAGAACAUUAAUUUCUUCAAAGGACAAAAAGUGACUUCUGUGACUUUGAGCCCUACGUGAAAAGCAUUGUGGGAUCUUAACCUUUUUGUACACACUCUUGUGGGAUGUAUCAUAUAAAUGUCAGCACUAAGUAAUGUCUUGUUUGUGGCUGAAUAUUUUUCGUAGAUGUUUUUUGAAGUUGACAUGACUUACGUGCAUUUCAAUAUAUAUUGCCAUCUUUAGUUUGUAAUUAAGAUAUGGAAUAUGGUUGUGGAUUUCUGAGCAUGUACAGACUGGUCAAGCUAGUUCAGGAAAUGGUGCAUGUAUUUUUUCAGUGAAGAAGAAAGUUUGCUGCAGAAGCUGGCAGGAAAUUUUGGGGCAGUUUCCUCAAACUGACAAACCAGGUGGGACCAAAGUUUAUGUGCCUUUAGUCUUAAUUUACCUUGCAUUGUAAUAUUCAGUUUUAAUAAAUCUCUUCAAACUAUUUUGUAUUUAGAAAUCGAUCUGACUUUACUAUAAACAUGGCUCAGAAUCUACAGAUCCAGUUAAUUUGAAAGCAGUUCUCUGUCAGGCUGAACUGUUGUUACCUUGAUUCUGUUUCAAUGACCAAUACUUUUUGGAAUUGAUGUACUUAGUUUCAAGAUCCAUAGAUUCUGUUAUCUAUGUAGAGAGAGAAAAAAAAAGAAAUGGUCAUGUAUAUUUUCUAUUAGUUGAGUUUUUACAUCUUUAGAAUUGUAAAAUUCAGUCUAGUUUGAAAGUGGCACAAUUAAAAAUUAAUUUUCUAACAAA